AUGUGUAUCACUAUUGCCACUACUAAACACCCAAACUAUCCCUUUGUGCUUCUAUCAAAUAGGGAUGAGUAUUAUAAGCGGCCCACAUUAGCUGCCCAUUUUCGACCUAUUGAGAGAGAAGAAACAGAAGCAGAAGCAAGAACAGGAGAAGGAGAAGAAGCAAAAGAGAAGAGUACUGGAGAACAAAUUUUAACUCCAUUGGACCUUGCACGGCCUGAACAUGGCACUUGGAUUGGUGUCACUACUAGUGGCAAAAUGGCCGUGCUAGUCAAUUACCGUGAUUUGGAUACGCAAUAUAAUAUGAAAGAGAUCUCUCGAGGUGUCUUACCAUUGGCAUUUUUGAAUUCACCAUAUUCGGCUGCAGAAUGGGAGAAGAACAUAACGAACAAAAUGCAGAACGGUAAUGCCAAAAUAGAUUUGCAAAAAAUUGGCGGGUUCACGUUGCUAUACGGUGAUUUGAAUAUCGACCCUGAAACCUGCAAGAUUUCGCACUUGAAUAUCCUAAGCAAUCGUGGCCACCAUGGAAGGGUGUUUGAGACGGGCUUGGAAAACGACAAUGCCACCGUGUCCAUGUCUGAUUCUAUUGCUACUAAGUCGACAUUUGGAUUAUCCAAUUCAUUGUAUAAUCAUCCUUGGAAAAAAGUGUUUUUAGGAGAAGAAUUAGUUGAUACAUUAGUAGAUUCCCCAAAGACUGAGAACCUAUCUGAAAAUGAGUUUGUUGACGAGUGUUUUAAGGUCCUUAGUCAUGACACGUAUAGUACAAAAGUUGCUGAAAAGGGCGAUUUAAAUGCAAAGUACCUUGAAUUGAGAAAUUCCAUUUUCAUUCCACCAGUGAGUCUUGGUGAUUCCCACAGCACUUGCGCCUCGAUUGGUGAGUUUUACGGCACGCGAACACAAACGGUAAUUCUAUUAGACAAAUCUGGCAACUUGAGUUAUUACGAAAAGAAUUUGCAUAGCGUGGACACAAAGGUUUUCGAUAAGCCGCAAAUUGUCUCGCAUUACAAAUUCAAUAUCUACGAAAAUAAGAAGGAACAUGAUUUGUGA